AUGGCCCGAGUCCGUCCAGCACUAGAACCUCCCUCAUGUGAAGCCCUCAAGACAGAUCAUCGCAUCGAGUUUCGUCAUCCAGCAUAUCCAACUGAAAACGCUUUACUCAGUCUUGCAGCUUUCGACGGCGAGAACAAGGAUGGAAUUGAUUAUGAUGUUGCUUGCUGGGCUUGUGGUAUAGUUGCAAAUAACUCUUGGGCCAGUGGCUGGUUAGCAACAAAACAAGGGGAUGAAUAUCAGCGGGUAAACAAACCUGAAAAUGGCAUCUUACGUCAGAGGGAGUAUUAUUACUUUACCGGCGACCAUCCAGCGUCUUAUAGAUACCCUGUUAUCCCUUCCUUUGAUCACUGGCGAUUUCCUCACGACAACCUCCCAGAUCUCUGGAAGGAUGCGACAAUAUCCAGACCUCCUCCUUUCUCUGCAGUCUCCAACAAUCGCGAUGCUAUUGUCUUUAGGGAUGUAUCGUGUCGUAUAUCUGGACAUAGCAGGGCUACCGAAGUCGCUCACUUGGUCCCUGUCGCGGAUGGUCAUUGGCUCACCUACAACCGGAUGAAUAAGUACUGCUGCGACGAGCCAGUAAAUGAUCAAGCAAACAUGAUUCUCCUAAGGAAAGAUCUCCAUCAUCUCUUCGAUCAACGCCGCUUUGCCUUCAUACCACGCGGUAAUCCUGAUGAGCAGAAUCCACCCUUCCUGAUCCACGUUUUCACAUCUCCCCAAUCCACCGAACUCGUCGAAUUGUACCACAAUCGACUUCUUCAACCUAUCGCGGGAGUUUCAAAGGAACUCGUCUUCGCGCGCUUCGCACAAGCCGUGUUUGACGUGGAAAAUUAUCGUUUCCUUAAAGGUAUGGCAAGAUUUGCUUGCCUUCUUUUUGAUGUUAAGACGGGUAAGUCGAGUGUUCGUGAUUUGACUGCGAAUCAAGUGAGAGAUAAUGCGAAUGUGUUUACGUCGUUUACGCAAAGUCGGAGUAAUAGUCCGAGGAAACGGGAGCGACGGAGCGAUAGUGUCGCUAAUGAGGGAGAGUAUAAUUGGGAUGGAGAUGGUGAGCUUGAUGAUGAUCCGCCGAGGGGACGGCGACGGAAGAGGAGUUUUGAUUGGUUUCAACAUGGCUCACCGCCUGGUCUUGAGGAUUCUUUUGCGUCGACGAAGUCGGUCAGUGUAUCAAGUGUCUCGGCAUCGCCGGAUAGAGACUUGGCUUUGAAAGCCGGCUCAAAGCUGAUAAAACUUGACUAUUGUGUAGUAGAUGGUGGGGAACAAGGUAUAUAUGAAGAUGAUAGGCCGUUGAAGAUGACGAGAUUGGAAUGA